CUGGGAGCAGCCAGCUCUGAUAGCUCACAGACCAGUCUGCGGCUUCUGUUCCCAACGAGCCGAGCUGCGCCCACCAACACACACAGCACCCUUUGGUGUCCUGGAGCACAGGGAUUCGUCCCUGUCGGUUACAACCAAAAUACCUGACAGGUGACCUGGACCUGCAGCUCUGCAGGGAAAUUCAGCUACGCUUGACGGGAACAUUCAGUCUGUCACCAUGUUUAAUCUGAUGAAGAAGGAUAAGGAGAGAGAAGGGAGCAAGAAGGAUAAGAAGGACAAAAAGGAGAGGAUGUCUGCCGCAGAGCUGCGCAGUCUGGAGGAGAUGAGUAUGCGCCGCGGCUUCUUCAACCUCAAGAGGGAGUCCAAGCGCGAGUCCAAGAACAAACUGGAGAUCUCCAACCCCAUCCCCAUCAAGGUGGCCAGCAGCCACGAGCUCACCCUUACUGACAUCGAGUCCGAUGGGCUGAGCAACCGGAGCAGCAUGGUGCUGGACGACCAGCUGAGCGCUGCCAGCUCCACCGACGACCUGAAGGGGGAGGGCGGGGUAGGACAGGAUGGACACCGCAACUCGGUGAGAGAGCGCGUCGCUCAGUUUGGAUCAAUUGCCAAGCAGAACUCCGCUCAGGUGGGUCAGAUGAUGAAACGCUUCUCCUUCUCCCAGAAGAGCAAAGAGGAGAGUCCUUCAGAGGGAUCCACACCUUCAGGACAGAACUCUGCAGCCCCCUCCCCGCAGGUAGAGAACAAAGUCUUUAGCAUGCUCCGCAAACACAGCCUGAAGCAGCAGGUCGGAGCCCCUCCCACCAAAAAAGUCUGUAUCCCUCAGGUGGUGGAUAAGACCUUCCCCGCUGUGCUGCAGCUGCCGGCCGUCGUAGCUCCGAGUGCACCCGAGAUACGAGAGCUGGAGCUCCAACGGCGCAACACCGGAGACUUUGGAUUCUCUCUGCGUCGCACCACCAUGCUGGACCGCAGUCCCGACGGGGGCGUGUACAGGCGGGUGGUCCACUUUGCAGAGCCGGGUGCGGGCACCAAGGACCUGGCUCUCGGGUUGGUGCCAGGGGACCGACUGGUGGAGAUAAAUGGGCGGAACGUGGAGAACAAGAGCCGUGAUGAGAUCGUGGAGAUGAUCCGUCAGUCGGGGGACACGGUGAGGCUGAAGGUGCAGCCCAUCCUGGAGCUCAGCGAGCUGAGCCGCUGCUGGCUGAGGAAUACAGAGGGCCAGCGCAGAGAGGCAAGACAUGGAUCAGUGGAAGAGGACCCUGUGACCCUCCUUCAGGCGUCUCAUGCUGCAGCUAAUCAGUCCCAGGUGAAGACUGAGGAGCAGAUUGCAGACGAGCAGGCCUGGUAUGGAUCCGAGAAAGUCUGGCUGGUACACAAAGAUGGAUUCUCCCUGGCCACCGUAGUGAAGACGGAGGCCGGCUCUCUGCCAGAGGGAAAGGUGAAAAUCAAACUGGAGCAUGAUGGGACUUUACUGGACGUGGACGAAGAUGAUAUAGAAAAGGCUAAUCCUCCCUCGUACGACCGCUCUGAGGACCUGGCCUCUCUGCUCUACCUGAAUGAAUCCAGUGUGAUGCACUGUCUGAGGCAGCGCUACGGAGGAAACCUCAUCCACAGCUACGCCGGACCCAACACGGUGGUCAUCAACCCCCUCAGCAUGCCCUCCAUGUACUCCGAGAAGGUGAUGCACAUGUUCAAAGGCUGUCGGCGUGAGGACUCAGCUCCCCACAUCUACUCGGUGGCCCAGUCGGCCUACAGGAACCUGCUCACCACCCGUCAGGAUCAGUCCAUCGUGCUGCUGGGAAAGUCUGGCAGCGGCAAAACCACCAACUGCCAGCACCUGGUCCAGUACCUGGUCUCCAUCGCCGGGAGCACGGGCAAAAUCUUCUCUGCUGAGAAGUGGCAGGCCGUCUACACCAUCCUGGAAGCUUUUGGAAACAGCUCCACGUCCAUGAACUCCAACGCCAGCCGCUUCUCCCACGUGGUGUCCCUCGACUUUGACCAGGCGGGGCAGGUGGCGUCCGCCUCCAUCCAGACGAUGCUGCUGGAGAAGCUGAGGGUGAGCAGACGACCUGAGGCCGAGUCCACCUUCAACGUUUUUUACUACAUGAUGGCCGGAGCCGACAGCAGCCUCAGGACCGAGCUGCACUUCAACCACCUGGCUGAGAACAGUGCUUUUGGGAUCCUCCCCCAGUCGAAGCCGGAGGACAAACAGCGUUCCUCUCAACAGUUCACAAAGCUGCAGGCGGCCAUGAAGGUGCUCGGCAUCUCUGCAGAGGAGCAGAAGGCUCUGUGGCUCAUCCUGGGAGCCGUUUACCACCUGGGGGCCGCAGGGGCCACCAAAGCGGGUCGUCGUCAGUUUGCGCGUCAUGAAUGGGCUCAGAAGGCGGCUUACCUGCUGGGCUGCACCUUAGAGGAGCUGUCGUCCUCCAUCUUUAAACACAAGGCCAAAGGACUGCAGCACUCCACCUCCUUCAGAGGAGGGUCGGACGAGGCCGGACAAGGGGACGGCACAGGCUCUAAGGUCACAGCUCUGGAGUGUUUGGAGGCCAUGGCAUCUGGACUCUACUCGGAGCUCUUCACUCUCGUCAUCUCCCUCAUCAACAGAGCUCUGAAGUCCAGUCAGCACUCUCUCUGCUCCUUGCUCAUCGUGGACACGCCGGGUUUCCAGAACCCUCGUCUGGCUCAGCAGCAACGAGGAGCCACAUUCGAGGAGCUCUGCCACAACUACACCCAGGAGAGGCUGCAGACGCUGUUCCAGGAACGCACCUUCGUCAAAGAGCUCGACAGAUACAAGGAGGAAAACAUAGAGCUUGCUUUAGAUGACAUAGAGUCCAGUACAUCUCUGUCUGUAGCAGCUAUUGACCAAGCCUCCACACAAGCUCUGGUUCGUACUCUGGCGCGGACGGAUGAGGCGCGGGGUCUUCUGUGGCUGAUGGAGGAGGAGGCGGUUCAGCCUGGAGGUUCAGAGGAGACGAUGCUGGAGAGACUCUUCAACUACUACGGCUCUGCACAGGGAGACAACAAAGGAGCCAAUCUGCUGCUGCGAGGAGAGAAGCCCCUCCUCUUCCUGCUGGGUCACAGCCAUGGGACGGACUGGGUGGAGUACAACACUCAGGGCUGGCUGAGCCACGCCAAGAACAACCCUGCAGCCCAGAACGCUGCCAUGUUGCUGCAGGACUCCCAGAAGAAGAACAUCAGCGGUCUGUUCAUGGGCCGGGCCAGCGGCGCCACGGUGCUCUCAGGCUCCAUCGCCGGGCUGGAGGGAAGCUCCCAGCUCGCCCUGAGACGAGCCACCAGCAUGAGGAAGACCUUCACCACGGGCGUUGCUGCAGUGAAGAAGAGGAGUCUGUGUAUACAGGUCAAACUACAAGUGGACGCUCUGAUCGACAUGGUGCGUCGCUCCAGGGUUCACUUCGUCCACUGUCUGCUGCCCAAAGCUGAGGCGGUGGGUGGAGGAGGCGAGCCCCGCGUGACCCACGGAGAAAGCUCCGACUCAGGCCUCAUGACUCUGGACGUGGAUCUCCUAAGAGCUCAGCUCAGAGGGUCCAAACUGCUGGACGCUCUGCGGAUCUACCGACAAGGAUACCCCGACCACAUGGUGUUCUCUGAGUUCAGGAGGAGGUUUGACGUCCUGGCUCCACAUCUGACCAAGAAACAUGGACGUCACUACAUCGUGACGGACGAGAAGAGGGCGGUGGAGGAGCUGCUGGAGUCGCUGGAGCUGGAGAAGAGCAGUCACUACAUGGGGCUGAGCCGGGUGUUCUUCAGAGCUGGGACUCUCUCCAGGCUGGAGGAGCAGCGGGACGUUCAGACCAGGAGGAACAUCUCUCUGUUCCAGGCCGCCUGCAGAGGAUACCUGGCCCGACAGGCCUUCAAGAAGAGGAAGAUCCAGGAUCUUGCCAUCCGCUGCAUCCAGAAGAACAUAAAGAAGAACCGCGGCGUCAAAGGCUGGCCGUGGUGGAAGCUGUUCACCACCGUCAGACCUCUGAUCGAGGUGCAGCUCACUGAGGAGCAGAUCCGUGGCAAGGACGAAGAGAUCCAGAUGCUGAAGCAGAAACUUGACAAGGUGGAGAAAGAGCGGAACGAGCUGAGACUGAACACCGAUCGACUUGAGAGUCGGAUCUCAGAGCUGUCGUCGGAGCUGUCCGAUGAGAGAAACACCGGGGAGUCGGCCUCCCAGCUGCUGGAGACGGAAACCUCUGAGAGACUCCGCCUGGAGAAGGAUAUGAAGGAUCUUCAGGCGAAAUUCGACAGCACGGCGAAACAGAUGGAGUCCAUGGAGAUGGAGGUGAUGGAGGCCCGACUCAUCCGGGCAUCCGAGCUCAACGGAGAGAUGGACGACGACGACACAGGAGGAGAAUGGAGGCUGAAGUACGAACGAGCCAUCAGAGAGAUCGAGUUCACCAAGAAGAGGCUGCAGCAGGAGUUUGAUGACAAGCUGGAGGUGGAGCAGCAGAACAAACGGCAGCUGGAGAGGAGGAUCAGCGACCUGCAGGCCGAUAACGAGGAGUCUCAGAGAAACGUCCAGCAGCUGAAGAAGAAAACCCAACGACUGACGUCUGAGCUGCAGGACACCAAACUCCAUCUGGAGGGCCAACAGAGCCGCAACCACGACCUGGAGAAGAAGCAGAGGAAGUUUGACAGCGAGCUGAGUGCAGCGCAGGAGGAGGUGCAGAGGGAGAGGAGCCUGAGGGAGAAACUGGCCCGAGAGAAAGACAUGCUGAGCGGGGACGCCUUCAGCCUCCGACAGCAGCUGGAGGACAAAGACCUGGAGGUGUGUGCGGUCAACCUGAAGGUGGACCAGCUGGAGGCCGAGCUGCAGGACCUCAACUCCCAGGAGUACAAGGAUGAGGCGUCGCUGGCCAAGGUGAGGAAGCAGCUUAGGGACAUUGAAGCCAAGGUGAAGGACCAGGAGGAGGAGCUGGACGAGCAGGCCGGCACCAUCCAGAUGUUGGAGCAGGCCAAGCUGCGUCUGGAGAUGGAGAUGGAGCGCCUGCGUCAAACACACUCCAAAGAGAUCGAGAGCAAAGACGACGAGGUGGAGGAGAUCCGACAGUCCUGCAGCAAGAAGCUGAAGCAGAUUGAAGUCCAGCUGGAGGAGGAGUACGAUGAGAAGCAGAAGGUGCUGAAGGAGAAGAGAGAGAUGGAGUCAAAGCUCCUGACUGCACAGGAUAAGGUGAGAGGAGGCGAUGUAGAGACAGAGAAGCGUCUGAGGAAGGACCUGAAGAGAACCAAAGCUCUGCUCGCCGACGCUCAGAUCAUGUUGGACCACAUCAAGAACAAUGCGCCCAGCAAGAGAGAGAUCGCCCAGCUCAAGAACCAGCUGGAGGAGUCUGAGUUUACCUGUGCGGCCGCAGUGAAAGCUCGCAAGUCCAUGGAGGUGGAGAUAGAAGAUCUGCACGUUCAGAUGGAGGACAUCUCCAAAACCAAACAGGCGCUGGAGGAGCAGCUGAGUCGUCUGCAGAGGGAGAAGAACGACCUGCAGUCCAGGAUGGAGGAGGACCAGGAGGACCUGAACGAGCUGAUGAAGAAACACAAAGCUGCCGUGGCCCAGUCGGCUCAGAACCUGGCUCAGAUCAGCGACCUUCAGGCCCAGCUGGAGGAGGCCCUCAAGGAGAAGCAGGAGGUCCAGGAGAAGAUGCAAGCGCUUCAGAGCCAGCUGGAGUUCCAGGAGCAGUCCAUGGUGGAGAAGUCUCUCGUCAGCAGGCAGGAGGCGAAGAACCGCGAGCUGGAGACCAAGCUGGAGUUUGAGAGGACCCAGGUCAAACGCCUGGAGACCCUUGUCGCUCGUCUGAAGGAGAACCUGGAGAAGCUGACGGAGGAGCGAGACCAGCGCAGCAGCAGCGAGAACCGAGAGAAGGAGCAGAACAAGCGUCUGCAGAGACAGAUCCGAGACAUCAAGGAGGAGACGAGUGAGCUCGCCAAAAAGGAGUCCGAGGCCAGCCGCAAGAAGCACGAGCUGGAAAUGGACAUUGAGAGCUUAGAGGCCGCUAACCAGAGCCUGCAGGCGGACCUCAAGCUGGCCUUCAAGAGGAUCGGGGACCUCCAGGCCGCCAUCGAAGACGAGAUGGAGAGUGACGACAAUGAAGAUCUCAUCAACAGUUUGCAAGACAUGGUGACAAAGUAUCAGAAAAGACAGAACCGAACUCAGGGGGAUUCAGAUACAGACUCUGAGCUGGAGGAUCGAGUGGAUGGGGUGAAGUCCUGGUUGUCCAAAAGCAAAGGUUCGGCCAAGAACCUUUCAGACGACGGCAGCCUCAAGAGCUCCAGCCCCACUGGCCGAAGACGCUACUGCUUCAAUGGAUCUGAUGAAGAAGAGGAAGAAGAAGAAAAAGAAGAGGGUGGGGCGACCCCGGGCUCUCACUACUCCAGACACCGAUACGGCAGCCAUGUGAGAGAUGACGACGGCGAGGACACGCCUCACGAGAGCACGUCGUAGUCCUCUCUCUGACUGCGCACACAUCACUCGUUCAUCUGAGACUGUUUGCAUGCAAAGGUCGACCAAAAGGUGUGGUCAGGCAGAAAUUCACAAUCCUGCAGGAAACAUUUAAACACUGUAGAUGCUCAAACACUCAGUCAAAUCCUCGCAGGAUUUGGUCAUAUUUGUUACAAAACCAAGAAACUCAUGCGUGACCUCACUGCACUCUCAGCAGCUCCGUUGUUAACGCCUGCUGGUUGCAUGCAUGCAGCAGUUUAACUCAAGUUAUCAUGGUCAUAACUGAGCCAAAGAACUCAAGGUUGCAGUGCUGAAAGAUUCUCUCUCCUUGUCUCUGUCUCUCUUCUUUAAAUAUAAUACACCACAAUAACAUGUAUUAGCAUUGUACAAUGUAUUUGCCAAAAAGCCUUUGUUAGAAUAUGUGUGCACACUCUUGUACUUAUUGUUAAUGGAGUCGUGGGAAAAGUCCCAGCCUUUUUGUUUCUUCUUCUUCUUUGUUCUUGGGGAUAAGUGCCAUUUGAUGUAAGUGGGCUCCUCCACAGCUGGCUCCUCUGCAGCUGCUGUUCUGUGCGCUGAACGCUUUCUCAUCUUCAUCUGCUCGCCUUUUGUUUGCCUGCAAAGUUUUUCUGCCUUUUGCUGGCAAAUUAUCUCCUCCUUCCAGGGGACGAGGAUUGCAUCGCUGACUGCUGCGAAGCUUUUUUUUCUCCAUUUGAAUCUCUUGUUUUUGAUGUUUGACACUUUUUGUUUUGCAGAGGACUUGCCGUCAGGCUAAUUACUUUCCCUACGGUUUACCUCUGUGAAACUCUUUGUCUUAUCUCUCUUUGACUAAAUACUCGGCAGAAUUCUUCAGUGAUGACAGGACUCUGUCCUCAUGUUUGUCCUUGUGCUUGUCGUCUGUGUUUUAACUAUGACGUGCUUUCCUUCUCUAAAGGGAAUGUACUUGACGAUAUGCACCACUUAUUUAAUGGUUUCUCACUAAAACUUCAGAUCACAUGGCAUCCCAACCCAGCAUGUUAAAGGGACAGACCAGUGUGUUUCUACAUUUUUCAACUGGCAUCAAAUCACAUGGGAAGACCAAAAUGAAAAGAAAAAUGGAAUUCUCCUCUUUGGAAGUAUUUUAGAGCUUUUACAGCAUGUGUCUGUCUUCUACACACCAUCAUGACCUUAAACCAUCUACUUUCAGCUUUUCAGAACAUACUGAUGGAAAAAGUGUUGGUACUUCCCAAAAUCCCCAAAAGCUCAGCUAGCUUCGUUGCUAACUUGACAUUGAGAUAUUUCAGAAACAUAUUUUAUCCCCAAACCUUUUUCAAUAUCAGUCUGAAAAUCAUGACAGCAGUUAGUCCAGCAGCGCUUUUCAGCAUAACAAUGCUGAAUCUGAAGGUAUGGGACUGUGUGUUCUGGUUUAGGUUUGUAGUCCAAGUAGUAUCGACCAUAAGCAUUUCAGCAGGCUUUGGUUGUGUGCAGGCAAACAGUCUGUGUGUAGAGCAAAAAGGGCAGAACGACCUCCACCUUAAUGCAAUCAUUGAACCCUUCGUGUUUAAACAGACAUCUACAUAAAAGUGCAUCUAAUGAUCAUCUCUUAGAGGUGUUUUCUCGACUUACGUUGUUAGACUGUAAAAAAAAAUAAGAACAAAAAGGGAAGUGUUAGCUGCUAACUGCUGGCUACACCCAAGUUGGCCACCUCGUGUGGAAAAAUUCAACCAAAUGAAGCGCAAAAACCUGCAGUUCCUCAUGUGACCAAUUUAGGCUUGCUGCAAAAUCCAAUACACACCCAUUCUAAAAUGCCCAUUUAAACAGCAGAAAUAAAGAUGUUCACAGCCUGGUACAAGAACCAAACUCAUCAGGUGCGUUGUUGCUUUUCACUAGGAGGCUCAAGGACCCUCCUCAACUCAACUCUUUGCCUGUUACUAGGUCGACUGAAGGCUAGUUGCAGACAGCAUUUCCAUUAUGGCGACCACCAUCGAAGUCUGUUUUAAAAACCAAUGGUUUAAGUAACUCUUGACUGUCUGAUGACUUAUCAUAAGUAGGUAGCCUACGAAAUCAGGGAUUGGUCAAAACAAAAUUAGACACAGUCUCUAUUCAGAACUCUCUAGAAUUAAUCUCACUCUGUUCACCGUUCCUUAUGAAAAGUGAAAGGCUGGAAUUAUGACGAUAGUUAUUGUCCUGUUGGCAUUAUUCAUUGAGUGUCUGACAUGUCAGCAAAUUGCGCCUUGGUCAGCGACCCAAAGCUAAAUCUGUGGUUUGUCAUUGGACCAAUGGAUGCUUGGAACAAACACAGGGUUCAACUCCGAAACAGUGUGAAACAUAUUGUCAAAGUUGGUUUCUACUUAGGCUAUCAAAGUAGAUUGGUAAGUUACACAUUUGAUUAAACCUACAUGUCAGUAACUUCAAAACUUCAAACCAGACGUUGCUUGGUUGUAAUUAUUGCCAAAACCGGUCUCUUAAAUUUGAAACUAUAACCUCAAAUUACUUGUGUGUUAGCACUAACUUGCCCCUGCUGCCUGGCACUUGCUAAAACCUGGAUAGUCAUAUGUUGAAGCCCUGGGCCUUGAGCUUUGUCAGUCCUGCAGACGAAUCAGCUCAUCACAAUAAUGACCUGAAAUGAUUCUUUCCAUGUGUUUUUGGUGCGACAAAGAAAGAUGUAGAAAAUCAGCAGCCUCGUUUUUAAAAAGCCUCAUUUUGGUACUCUAAGUGUAUCUUCAUGAACUGGACACACUACAUCCUGUUUAAUGAAUACUGUGAACUCAUGCUCUGUGUCUGUGAGGCAUGUCUGUCUGUCUGUUCAACCCGACGAGGCCUCUGAACAGCAAGAAAAAAAAAAGGAAACCUACAUCUUCAUGGUCGCUGACAUCCCUCCCUGUGGUCAUGUGUCUGUUGUUCACUGAGUGGCAUUACGCUGUGGUAAUGGUUUGGAAGCCAUUUCAAGUCCAGAAGUGCUUUUGGGGCUGAAAAAAAAAAAAAAGAGUAAAGUGGAUGUUGUUUGUUGUGGGAGACGUUGGGUGUGAUGAACACAUGCUUUUUGUAGACUCUUCAUUUUUAUUCUCUAUGCAGUCGACACGUGUGGAAAUGUUUUUUUUUUGACCCUGAUGUGUCUGACUUUAACAAAACAAAAAAACAAAAAAAACAGCAGACGUAAUAUCGCUGACUGCACACACUAUUUAUAUAUAAAUGUGUAUGAUCCAUGCUAGCUUUGAAAAUAGUUCAUGUUUAUUUUCAUUAUUGAACAAAUUGACCACUUGUUAUAAAUUUUGCAUUACAGUUUAAUAUAUUGUAAAUAAAUGAUGGUGAUUGUUUUAAAAAA